CAACAUCAUUCCAGUGCAGCAGAAAGUCCAAGCUGAGGGGUGAACUCGUACAGAGCGUCUCACUCUCCUACCACAUUUAGGUUUUAUGUUUAAGUUUUUCCAGGGAGAAUAAUUGGGGGACGAUGUUUGUCAUUCCUCUGGUAGUUUCUUGGACGAGCCUUCUUUGUUACUUCCAUGUCUCCGGUUGUGAGAAACCUGUGUUUGCUCCGUCCAGGCUGGUCGUGAAACAUGGUGACUCGACCUCUGCCACAUGCUCCGUGUGUCCGUCCUGCACCGGUAAAAAGUUCGGUCUGGAAAAAGCUGUUGGAAAACUCAUUCAAAACGGAACCAUUAUCACGUGGACGGUUGACACAAUGACUGAGUGGAGCGUAGUGGCUAUAUGCUAUUAUCUUAAAGCGGAUAAUGAGAACUGCAACAGCGAACUGAAUGUUAUCGUUUACAAACCUCCGGACAGUGUCUCCUUCAGCUUUACAAAUCACUCACACAUGUAUGAGGCUAAUAAUUACACUCUGCAGUGCGACGUGAGGAACGUUGCCCCGGUUGAAAACCUUUUGGUGACCUUCUACAGAGGUCAGACCAUACUGGCUCAGCUGCAGUCCACCAGUGCACCACAGGCAGAACCAGAGAGCGAGGUUUUCACUGUGGGCAUCAAGGCCAGGAGAGAAGACGACGGAGCUCAGUACUGGUGUGAAGCCAGGCUGGAGCUGGGAACUGAUGGACCACAGCCCCCUCCUGUGGUGGCGUCACAAAAUAUCACCGCCACAGUCUACUAUAAACCUCAUCUGGAGAGGUCAUCACACCCAGAACCCAUCGUUGUCACAGAGAGAGACAGACUCCAGCUGAACUGCUCAGCUGAGGGAAACCCCAGCCCCUCGUUCACCUGGCGGCCGCCUGUGUCCAGGCCUCCCCACCGCACCGGCACUGGCAACACUCUCAUCAUUAACUCUGUCACUGUGGAGGAUGAAGGCCUGUACGUAUGUUUCAUCAGAAACGACAUGGGAACUGUCAACGUUACCUUCAACGUGACUGUCAAAGGUUUGUUAACCACCACCAGUUUGCCUCCAACAACCACAACUACAGCUACAACAACUACAGCAGCUACAACUACAGCUACAACAACUACAGCAGCUACAACUACAGCAGCUACAACAACUACAGCAGCUACAACUACAGCAGCUACAACUACAGCAGCUGAAACAACUCAAACUCACAUCAUCAAGAUGACGGACGCACCGGACAGCAGUACGAGCAUCACACUGACUUGCUGGUUCACAACGUGGUUCAUGAUUUUUUUCUCUCUCGUGAUCUGAGUUUCAGAGAAUCUUUAAGAAACAACAAUAAGAUGUAAUGUAACCGUGACGAUAUACAGUGUAGCUCACAUGUCAUUGAUAGUCACAGAAAUAAAAGUUAAUAAACUGAAAAUGGAUGAAUAAAUAACACAUUUUUCAUGCUGGA